GGGGCAGGGCCGGGCUCGGGCCCGGGGCAGCGCCCGGCCGGGGCCGCAGCGGGGCCGGGCCGGGCCGGGAAGGAGCUGCUGAGCUUCGGAGGCGAGGAGGAGCGGGAAGGUGAAGAGUUUUUUAAAGUUAAAAAGCCAUCCUUCAACGAAGUUACCUUUAGAAUUAAAAAGAAGGAAAGCCUACUGCCUGCACAGACAGAAGCUGAAGAAAGCAAAAAAAUCUGUCAGUUGGAGUCUGGAGUUGGUGACACCAAAGAUACUUGUGAAGAGGAGGAGGAGAAUGAGGAUGAAACUUAUUCUUCACUGAAUGAGGAUUACAACAGCUCAGACUCUGAAAAUGAAUCCAGCUCUCCACAGAGCAGGAAGGAUUUAUCACCAAGCAGUAUCCCCAGUGCAGCUCACGUUGAGGCUGCUCGGAGGAAGCGUCACUUAGCCAGGACAGAGGCUGAUUAUCUUCCCCUGGAUGCUUCAGACAGUCCUCAGGUCCCUCAGGGAAGAGGAAGCAGUGACUUGGAGAGUGAAGAUGAGUCUGAAACAAAGAAUCUCGAUUUUGCUCCUAAAAUGAGAACUCUUAGGCAAAGGAUGGCUGAAGACAUGGUGCCUCUGGGUGAUGGAUCAAGUGAUGAUGAAGCCAAGUGGGAAGAACAGCAAAUAAAGAAAGCUGUUAAACUCUCUCAGGAGAUUUGUGAUGAUGCUUCUGUGUGUAAAUAUCAACCAACCAAACCCAAGUUUGAUACCUCUGUUUCUCUACCACCUGUGAAUUUGGAAAUUGUGAAGAAACGACUGACUGAAAGGAUAACGUCCUUACAGGAUGUGCACUGUGCCCAUCAGAGAGAGUAUGAAAAAUAUAUGGAGAAUAUUGAGAGCUCAAAGAUGUCUGUCCAGGAAUUGGAGAAGUCUUCAGAUGCAGCUCUGAAUUACAAAUUCUACAGGGCCAUGAAAACAUAUGCAGAAAACUUGAUAAACUGUUUGAAUGAAAAACUGAAGGACAUUAAUGAACUGGAGUGGGCUGUACAUGCUCUUCUUCAGCAACGAGCUGUGAGAGUAUCGAAGCGAAGGCAAGAGGAGCUGAAAAAUGAAUCUGCUUAUAUUCAGCAUCUGACAAGCAAAGCUGAGAGCAAUAUGCUUGGAGCUGCUGGGAACAGAUGGAGGCCAGAUGCACUGGAUCCUGGUGGGAAUGACAAGCCAACAAAAGGUGGAAUGGAAGGUGAUGAGAAGCCACAGGUUCUGGAAAUGUGUGAGCAUCGAAGGACUUGCAGGCGGCAGGCGAGGGAGCAGUCAGGAGAAGGAGAUCACCACGAGGGCUUGUCGAGUGAUGAGGAGCUGACUCCCACAGAGGUGGGCGAGUUCCAGAAGAGCAAAGAUAACGUUUUAGAGGAUAGUAGGAAAAUCUUUGAAGAUGUACAUGCUGAUUUUUGUGACAUCAGAAAAAUCCUGUUGAAAUUCCAGGAAUGGAAAAAGAAGUUUCCUGACUCUUACUGUGAUGCUUACAUCAGUUUCUGCCUGCCUAAGCUAUUAAAUCCAUUGAUCAGAGUUCAGUUAAUAAGCUGGAAUCCUCUUGAGAAUUUUACAGAGUUGGAAGAGAUGCCCUGGUUCAGAGCUAUAGAAGAAUUCAGUGAUGCAGAAAAUGUAUCUGAAUCAAAAAGAGAUGAUGAUCAUGAUAAAGAAGUUUUGCCUAGAGUGAUUGAAAAAACUAUUCUUCCCAAAAUUACAGCGUUUGUGAAAAGUGUGUGGGAUCCUUUAUCUACUUCACAGACAAAGAACCUUGUUCAGCUUUGCAAUAAUAUCUUUGGAAAACAAAUCCUUUCCAAAAAUGAGUCCAGCCGAGCAAGAGAGGAUUUGAUGAACACGCUUGUCCUAAGAAUGAAGAAAUCUGUAGAAGAAGAUGUCUUUAUUCCUCUGUAUCCUAAAAGCACUGUGGAAGACAAGUCAUCACUACGUUCAAAAUUUCAAGAAAGACGGUUUUGGUCAGCUGUUAAGCUGCUCUCCAAUGUUGUUCUUUGGGAUGGGAUUGUCCAGGAAGACAAGCUCCGUGAUUUGGGACUGAGCAAGUUGCUGAAUCGUUACCUUCUCCUGAACAUCCUAAACACACCACUAGGGCCAGAUAAUAUAGAAAAGUGUAAAAAGGUGGUUGCAUGCCUCCCAGAAAGAUGGUUCCAAGAUCUCAAGGGUGGAUCAACUCUCCCUGAAUUACUGAACUUCAGCCAGCACUUGCUGCAGUGUGCCCGUGCACUACACAAGGACAACCACAGUGAUGAAACAAAAGAAGUUCUUCUCCUGCUGGUGAAAACUGGAGCUCUGCAUAUUGUAGAAGACUUCAUUGAAGAGCAUAAACUUGAACACCUUAAAGCAAUGAUUGGGAAAUAGAAAUCUUUGAAGGAAUGCUUACAUUACUGAAACCAGCCUGGUAUUCACAUUAAACCAGUUCUAAUAUGAAAUUUAAUUAGAAGAUCCUGCCUACUCCAGGAAGUGGUAAUCACUAACUUGGUGUUAAAUAAAUGAGGUGUUUUUUCCAAAUGUCUUUUGCUGCCAUCUACUCCUAGACUAGAAAGUAUUUAGAAGUUGCAGUUGUCAAAGCAGUGGUUCAGGAAUUCUGAAAUGUGUGACAGUGCUUUACUGCUGUAUCAUUCUUGGAAGGAAUCCUGCAAACAGAAAGUGCCUGUGAAUUUCAUCACUGCUAGCCAGUAGACAACUUGACAAGUCAUUUUCAGUAUUGCUAAAUACCAUUCUGACUCAGCAGCCACUUGUGGUCCACAGUGAUUUUUGGUAGGGUUAUUGUUAAGCCAUUCUUAGUGAAAAGGAAUUGAUCCCUGAUGCAGAAACAAGAGGGGGGGUCAGUGUGCAGAUAAGGAAUCAGGAUUUUCAUCACACCCAUUGUGAUGAUGAGAACUUCAGUUACUUUCUAGUAACUGGAGUUCUAGAAAUCUCCCUUUGCUUCCCAGCAAGCUCUACAGAACUUUACUUCUUCAUAUCCUUAUUAGGA